AUGCCGCGCGGCGCCGCCCGCCCCGCGCCGCCAUGGAGGCGGCGGGCGCAGCCGGAGAUCCCGGCCCCGCCGCCGGCGCCGCCCGGCCCCGCUCCCGCUGAGCCCCGCGCGCCCCUCGCCCUGCAGCAUGAGCGGCGGCGGCGGCGGGUCCUCGGCACCCGGCCGCUUCGCCGACUACUUCGUCAUCUGCGGACUGGACACCGAGACCGGGCUGGAGCCGGACGAGCUCUCCGCUUUAUGCCAGUAUAUACAGGCCUCUAAAACCCGAGAUGGUGGCAGCCGUUUCAUUUCAAGUGCAACAGAAGGGGAAAACUUUGAACAGACUCCGUUAAGACGCACAUUUAAAUCCAAAGUUCUUGCUCGCUAUCCUGACAAUGUUGAAUGGAAUCCUUUUGACCAGGAUGCAGUGGGAAUGCUGUGUAUGCCUAAAGGGCUUGCUUUCAAGACACAAGCAGAUUGCAGAGAGCCGCAGUUCCACUCUUUCAUUAUCACUCGUGAGGAUGGCUCGAGGACAUUUGGAUUUUCUCUCACGUUUUUUGAGGAAGUCACUAGCAAACAGAUCUGCAGUGCAAUGCAGACCCUGUAUCACAUGCACAAUGCUGAAUAUGACAUUCUCCACACCCCUCCCAGCAAUGACAAGGAGAGCUGCAGCAGCACUGGGGACUGCAAUGGCACCUCUGUCUCAAAGCUACAGCGGUUUAACUCCUAUGACAUCAGCAGAGACACUCUCUAUGUCUCAAAGUGCAUUUGUCUGAUUACUCCAAUGUCUUUCAUGAAAGCUUGUAAGAAGGUUCUGGAACAGCUUCACCAAGCAGUGACUUCACCUCAGCCACCGCCGCUACCUUUAGAAAGCUACAUCUACAAUAUUCUCUAUGAGGUUCCUCUCCCUCCAGCAGGAAGGUCAUUGAAAUUUUCAGGUGUUUAUGGACCAAUUAUCUGCCAGAGGCCAAGCACCAAUGAACUACCAUUGUUUGAUUUUCCUGUUAAAGAAGUUUUUGAAUUGCUUGGAGUAGAAAAUGUGGUUCAACUCUUUACCUGUGCCCUUUUGGAGUUUCAGAUACUGCUUUAUUCACAGCAUUAUCAGAGGCUGAUGACAGUGGCAGAGACCAUCACAGCACUAAUGUUUCCAUUUCAGUGGCAGCAUGUGUAUGUUCCUAUCCUUCCAGCAUCCCUCCUUCAUUUUCUAGAUGCUCCUGUCCCUUACCUCAUGGGCUUGCACUCUAAUGGACUGGAUGAUAGGUCUAAGCUGGAACUUCCUCAAGAGGCUAACCUGUGCUUUGUGGAUGUAGACAACCAUUUCAUUGAGCUGCCAGAAGAUCUACCCCAGUUUCCAAAUAAACUUGAGUUCAUUCAGGAAAUUUCAGAGAUACUGAUGGCUUUUGGAAUUCCACCUGAGGGAAACCUGCACUGCAGUGAAAGUGCCUCCAAGAUGAAGAGCCUCAGAGCAUGUGACCUGGUUUCUGAUAAAAGAAAUGGGAACAUAGCAGGAUCACCUCUGAAUUCCUAUGAGCUGCUAAAGGAAAAUGAGACGAUUGCAAGACUCCAAGCACUUGUUAAAAGAACAGGUGUGAGUCUGGAAAAGCUGGAGGUACGAGAAGAGACCAGUAGCAAAAAGGAUCUUAAAAUUCAGUGUGAUGAAGAAGAAUUCAAGAUUUACCAGCUGAACAUUCAGAUUCGGGAAGUUUUUGCCAACCGCUUCACACAAAUGUUUGCAGAUUAUGAAGUGUUUGUCAUUCAGCCCAGUCAGGACAAGGAAUCCUGGUUUACAAACAGAGAACAGAUGCAAAACUUUGAUAAAGCUUCUUUCUUGUCCGACCAGCCUGAACCUUACUUGCCUUUCCUCUCAAGAUUCCUGGAGACCCAGAUGUUUGCAUCCUUCAUUGACAAUAAGAUUAUGUGCCAUGAUGAAGAUGACAAAGACCCUGUUUUGAGAGUUUUUGAUUCUAGGGUGGAUAAAAUCAGGCUGCUGAACGUCAGGACACCGACUCUGCGCACAUCUAUGUACCAGAAGUGCACAACCAUUGAUGAGGCUGAGAAAUCUAUUGAAUUAAGGCUGGCAAAAAUAGAUCACACUGCAGUUCACCCGCACUUGCUGGACAUGAAAAUUGGACAAGGGAAAUAUGAGCUUGGAUUUUUUCCUAAGCUUCAGUCUGACGUUUUAUCCACUGGCCCAGCAAGCAACAAGUGGACAAAGAGGAACGCUCCUGCUCAGUGGAGGCGCAAGGACAGACAGAAGCAGCACACGGAGCACCUGCGUCUGGACAACGACCAGAGAGAGAAGUACAUCCAGGAAGCCAGGAACCUGGGCAGCACCAUCCGGCAGCCCAAGCUCUCCAACCUCUCUCCAUCAGUAAUUGCACAAACAAACUGGAAGUUUGUAGAAGGCUUGUUGAAGGAAUGCAGAAAUAAGACUAAGAGGAUGUUGGUUGAGAAAAUGGGUCGAGAAGCUGUGGAGCUUGGUCAUGGUGAAGUGAAUAUCACAGGAGUGGAAGAGAACACCCUGAUUGCCAGUCUGUGUGACCUCUUGGAAAGAAUAUGGAGCCACGGUCUGCAAGUCAAACAGGGAAAGUCUGCUCUGUGGUCUCAUCUGUUACAUUACCUAGAGAACAGACAAAGAAGAACCACAUCAGGCAGCUUCAGUACCUCAGGAAUACUUCUUGAUUCAGAAAGACGGAAGUCUGAUACAAGUCCAGCCAUGUCACCUCUCAGAAUCUCUCUCAUCCAGGAUAUGAGGCAUAUCCAGAACAUAAGUGAGAUCAAAACAGAUGUUGGCAAGGCCAGAGCCUGGGUUCGCCUCUCUAUGGAGAAGAAGUUGCUCUCUAGGCAUCUGAAACAGUUGCUAUCAGAUCAUGAACUCACAAAAAAGCUCUACAAGCGUUACGCGUUCCUGCGCUGCGAUGAUGAGAAGGAGCAGUUCCUCUAUCAUCUCCUGUCAUUCAAUGCUGUGGAUUACUUUUGCUUUACCAAUGUUUUCACAACAAUCUUGAUACCAUACCAUAUCUUGAUUGUUCCCAGCAAGAAACUCGGUGGCUCAAUGUUCACAGCCAAUCCUUGGAUCUGUAUUUCGGGAGAACUGGGUGAAACAGGAGUCCUACAGAUUCCCAGGAACAUAUUAGAAAUGACUUUUGAGUGCCAGAACCUGGGAAAGCUGACCACAGUGCAAAUAGGACAUGAUAAUUCAGGGCUGUAUGCCAAGUGGCUUGUGGAAUAUGUUAUGGUCAGAAAUGAAAUAACAGGGCAUACUUACAAGUUUCCCUGUGGAAGGUGGCUUGGGAAGGGGAUGGAUGAUGGCAGCUUGGAGAGGAUCCUGGUGGGAGAGCUGCUGACUUCGCACACGGAGGCUGAUGAGCGGCAGUGCCGGACCCCUCCCCUGCAGCAGUCUCCCAGUAUGAUCAGGAGAUUUGUCACCAUCUCACCAAACAAUAAGCCAAAGUUAAAUACUGGUCAGAUACAAGAAGCAAUUGGUGAAGCUGUUAAUGGUAUUGUCAAGCAUUUCCACAAGCCAGAGAAAGAGAGAGGCAGCCUGACCCUGCUGCUGUGUGGAGAGAGUGGACUCGUUUCAGCUCUGGAGCAAGUGUUCCAGCAUGGAUUUAAAUCACCGAGACUCUUCAAGAACGUCUUCAUUUGGGACUUCUUAGAAAAAGCACAAACAUACUAUGAGACCCUUGAGCAGAGCGAGAUGGUCCCAGAAGAGAACUGGCAGACAAGGGCCAGGAAUUUCUGUCGCUUUAUCACUGCUAUCAACAACACCCCUAGGAACAUUGGGAAGGAUGGCAAGUUUCAGAUGCUGGUGUGUCUUGGAGCCAGAGACCACCUCUUGCACCACUGGAUCGCCCUGCUUGCAGACUGCCCCAUUACAGCCCAGAUGUACGAGGACAUGGCCCUGAUUAAGGAUCACACGCUGGUGAAUUCUUUGAUUCGGGUGCUGCAGACCUUGCAGGAGUUCAACAUCACCCUGGAGGCAUCUCUUGUCAAAGGAAUCGACAUCUGACCUCCUGUGCCACAGCAAAAACUGUCUUUACAAACACAACAAAAAGCAACAAGGAGUGAAUCUCGUUAGUAUGCAAAAGUUCUGUCUUGCCAGUACAUUGUAUCGUGAACUUGUUCAUGGCCCAGAAAUGCAACUUUGACUUUUCUUGAAGGAAACUCCAGAAAUAGUACAGGCAAAUGGAUAGAAGCUGUAAACUCAAUGUAAAAAAGAGGAUUUUGGUAUAAAUCUAUUUUAGAGUUUAUUUGCUGAUUUGCUUUUUACACACUUUCAUGUGAAAGAGAUAGAGAUGAGUAUUGUGCAGCUUAUUUUAAAGCUGCAGUAUUUCCUUGCCAUAGAAAAUGUGCAGUGAGCCUUUCAGCAUUCUGUGAACUUGCCUUCAGACAUGCUGUAUGUCAUAGACCCCAGUGUAUACACUCCAUUUCUGCUGAGAAGGUCAUUCUAUAGUUUUUAAACUAAUAUUUUAUAUAUUAACAUUAUUACCAAUGUUUGAUUUUUAAGGUGUUGGGUCAUGUUCUGCUGCAAGGGAACUACAGAUCUGAUCUGUGCUUUUAAUAGCUCCAAAGCACUGAUUUGUCAACAAUUAUUUUUUUUUCCUUUAUUUUUGUUGUCAGUAUUAUUUUUAGUGAAAUCCAGGAGACUGAACCAUGAGAUGUCCAGAGAUCAAAGUAAUAUUUUUCAUAUUGGUACGUAAUUGCACAGAAGAAGAAAUUAAGUCUGUUUUUUAACUGAUGUUUUUUAUUUAUUUAACCUAUCAUUGUGUUUUGUAAGUUUGUCUUUAAAAAAAAAAAUCUUCUAUGAUACAGCUGGCUAUAUUAUGUUGCAAUUCAGAAUUUACAGUGUAGCCCACUUAAAUGAAAAACCUGGAAUAAUUGUUCAUAACACAAGAACAUUUCCACUUAAACCAGCCUUUUAAAGCUUGGUGUAUGGUUGCUGCUGGUAAUUCUCUUAACUGCUAAUAAAGAGGGACACGAGUUCCCCAGAUGCCAGAUGACUAAAUAAAGAUCUUUAUGUCCCAUCUGAAAUAAUAACAGUAUACCUUACUAACAAGUAUAAGCAUUUCUUAAUGUUUCUGAAAGGACAGUGGUAUUAAGGUUUUUUGCUUUCCUUUUGAGUGCAUAUGUCCAUUGUCACAAUCUGCUUCAUUUGGGAUGCUUUUGUUUUUAGCAAAGAAAGUUAAGUCCAUUUCUGCUAUGAAACACAAACGUUUUGAAAGCUUAAUUUAUUGGAGAUCUGGAACUUGGCAAAUGCCUAAAGGCAUCUCUGUUCAUUUGAAACCUCUGAUAAAAAUCUCUUUGAAAUGAAUAUGUGACUUAAGAACAGGCUGAUUUAUCAGCAUCACAAAUUACUGUACAGAAGUUCAGGGCUGUGUAUUUAAGAGGUCUCCACUGUAUAAACUUAUCUCAGUAUUGUCUCUCUUUGGAGAAGCAGAGUCCAACUUUUUUGGUUCAUACAAUGUUGUAGCACUUUUUCUUUACCUACAGCUUAGUCACAUCUUGUGAUAGUUUUAUUUCCAUAAUUUAUGAGUAUAGCACAUGUAUUAAAUUUUUGACUAUUUUUACUUUUGUCCUAUUUAUUUCAUUAUUAAACUGAGAAGUUCCUUUGUCACUACUUAUCAGA